AGAACACGGAGACGCGCUUACAAAAAAGGCAAGUGCCUGCGAACGAGAGGCAGCGGGAUAAGGGGAAGCAGAGGGAUGGGCAUUCAGCCCGACACACCAUGCGUAAAUUAAAGCCCAUCUAUUGUCCAUAGGCACUCUUGCUGGCCCAGGCCAAGGCGAGUCUUGUCCUGCCUGACAGCACGCCGCUGCUGGACAUCAAUGUCGCCAUGGAGAAUGUCCCCAUUGAUGCAAACAUCAGCAUGCAUAUUGAGCGCAAGCUGGCCUGUGUCCAAGCCAUCCCGGGCAUCACCGAGUUGUCUGGCCUGCCGACGCCCGCUGACGCAGAGCACGCGCAGCUGGAUCUCAUCCGCGCCCAUGUGCAGUAUAUUGCCGAGCUCACAAACGAAGCCACGCUCCUCUGCUCGUUGUGCGCGCUGGAGCGCAGCUCGCCCAUUUACGAGACCGCCCAGGCGCUGGAAAGCUACUUUGGCGGACUCAUCCACAGCCUGUCGCUGAAGCUCCGCAUUAUUGCUGCUGACAUGUUCAACGAGCUGUAUAGCGCCGAGACCGUACAGGCGCUGGAGUCGCUGCGUGGCCUGUUGAAAACCGAGGAGGCACGGCUGCUCAAAGAACAGGCCGUGCUGGACGAGCAGCUGGCGAUCUACCGCGAGGCUGGAGAGGAAUUCCAGGAGAUUGCCCAGUCCUAUGCCCGAAUUGUCCAGGAAACACAGGCUGUUCGUCGCGACAUGGCCGAUUUGCAAAACCUGUAGCAAAGGAAGGAUCUUGAUACACUGGAGCAAAACAAUAUACACCUGUGCUGGCCAUGCCCACCAGUGGCGAUCCAAGCAGUCGUUGGAGAAUUAGUAAAUAGAUGCCAUGUGGUAGUGGAUGGAAUCCGAGAGGGGCUGGCAGCAUCAAUACACCUGGCAGCAAUGGAGGUCAUCUAGGGGAUUGUUUGUGUAUCCACGCAUUAUCAAUGCCUAACCUGAAAGCCCAUUUCAGCUACACAGCCCUAUUUUUGUGCUGUGAUAGUGAAACUCGGCUUGUUAACAGCUCCCUUGGAUGUCUCAGCUGAUAUCAUGCUACAGCCAGUGACGACUGUAGCACUCCAACAAUACGAGCUUGCGUAUGUCCCAGGAUCGACAUCGUCGCCCUAAUUUGAUAAUCGGCCAAGUGGGGAGCAUAUUAAUCCCAGCUAGUUGAUCAUGCUUGCGUUCUCCUUCGCUCAGCACCAUCUAUAUAGCAUCCUU